UUCAGUCAGUUCCACAGAGUACUUUUAUAUAUACGGUUCAGUUCAGUUGUGGUUCAGUUGUCAAAUGGCGGUGGAGGUUAGCGACGUUUUAUUGAUAUUAUUGUUAUAGUAAAGUUCCAAAAAUGCCUUAUUGGUACUACGAUAAGAAGGAUCUACAGAACACGCCGUCGUUUCGCGAUGGGAUCAGCAAUGACACCGAGAAUCGGUAUCGGAAGGAGGGCGCUCGCUUCAUCAUCGACACAGGGUCGAAGAUGGACUUAGGUUAUAAUACUGUGGCGACUGGAGUUGUUUAUUUCCAUCGGUUCUACAUGUUCCACUCGUUCAAAACAUUCCCGAGGUAUAUAACGGCGUGCUGUUGUCUGUUUUUGGCGGGCAAAGUGGAAGAGACGCCGAAGAAAUGUAAGGAUAUAAUAAAAGUGGCGAAGAGUUUGCUUACCGAGCAGAAGUUUGGGACGUUCGGAGAAGACCCGAAGGAGGAAGUGAUGACACUGGAGCGGAUCCUGCUGCAGACGAUCAAGUUCGACCUGCAAGUGGAGCACCCUUAUGGGUAUUUGCUGAAAUAUGCUAAAUGUUUGAAAGGGGACAAGGGCAAGUUGCAAAAGAUGGUUCAGAUGGCAUGGACGUUUGUGAACGACAGUCUGUGUACCACUCUGUGCCUCCAAUGGGAGCCGGAGGUGAUUGCGGUGGCACUCAUGUUCCUUGCGGGAAAGCUCAGCAAGUUCGAGGUAGUAGAUUGGAACGGACGGACACCAAAGCACACCGCUUGGUGGGACAUGUUUGUCGAAGACAUUACCAUGGACUUGUUGGAAGAUAUCUGCCAUCAGGUACUAGACCUGUACUCGCCACAGACGCAGGCGUCGGGCGGUGACUCGCCCCCCAUCUCAGCUAAGCAGCCAAAAAACGACAAGAAGCCGCCCUCCGUUACACCGCCAGCUUCCGUCUCACCUGUCGCCGCCACUAAGCCGGUGACGGCGGCGGCGCACACGCCGAUCAAGAACGGCGCCGAUGCGAAGCUCGAGCCUCCUAAGAUUGAGCCGCCUCUGCGGUUCCCGUACCCGUACCCCGGCCUGCCGGCGUAUCCACCAGUGUAUAGUGCGCCGCCGCCGAACAUCCCGCCGCCACCGAGGAUCCCGCUGAGCGGGCCGCCGCCGCCGCUGUACUCGGAGCCGCCGCCGGCGCCGCCGGGCGCGGGCGCCCCCGGGCCGCGCUUCCCCGGCGUCGUGGUCCCGCCGCCGCACUACUUCCCGCCCCUCCCGGGCCGCGGGCCCCCGCCCCCCGGCCCGCCCCCGCGGCCCUACUAUCCUCCCCCGUAACGGAGAGCGGUAUAGUUUUAAGAUAGGUUAUAAUAUGUAUAAUUUUUUACUGAAAUAUAAUUGAUAGACUUCAC